UAUGAUCAUCCAUUCCAUUCCAUCCGUUGCUCUUGGCGAGAGGAGAAGUUUGGCUGCAUAAGCUCUGAUUGUUACGACGCAUGGUUUUUCCAUACAUCUAGCACUGAAGUUGGUGUGGAAAUUUUGUGAUAUUUAUCGAGUGGAGUGAAAAAAUCAUUUGAUUUAAGGUGAAAAUCUUAUUGAUCUAAGUACUGUAGGAUGUCGCUGAAGACCUUGAGUGUGGCCGCAGUUCGGCUUGAAGCUCAGAGGCAUAAUUCGCUGCAGAAAUUGUGCCGAACAUUCGCGACCCAGCUGAGUGAGCCUAAUGGUCCAUCUGUCAAAACUGCCAUCCCUGGACCGAAAUCCAAGGAGCUGCUAAAACAACUCAAUGCACUGCAGCAAGGAGGGUCGGUGCAGCUGUUCGCCGACUACGAGCGAUCCGUUGGCAACUACCUGCAGGAUGUCGAUGGCAACGUGCUGUUGGACAUUUACACCCAGAUAUCGUCUGUACCGCUGGGAUACAACCAUCCGGAGCUGCUGAAAGUGUUCAAAUAUGACCACAAUCUCAAAAGCCUCAUCAACCGGCCUGCCCUUGGUGUCUUCCCGGGUGAGGAUUGGCCCCGUAAGCUUCAAAACGUCCUAAUGACCGUCGCCCCGAAGGGUCUCGAUCACCUGACGACGAUGAUGUGCGGGUCCUGUUCCAACGAAAAUGCGUUCAAGAACAUCUUCAUUUGGUAUCAGAGAGUUCGCCGCGGCGAAAAUGUGUCGUUCUCCGAAGAGGAAAUCAAUUCCUGCAUGAUCAACCAGGCUCCCGGUGCGCCCAAGCUGAGUAUCAUGAGCUUCCACGGAGCGUUCCAUGGUCGCACUUUGGGAACGUUAUCGACCACCCACUCCAAAUACAUCCACAAGAUUGACAUCCCGUCGUUCGAUUGGCCGAUUGCCCCAUUCCCCAAGUACAGGUACCCGCUGGAGGAAAAUGUUCGCGAGAAUGCCCAGGAGGAUGCUCGUUGCCUGGCGGAAGUCGAAAGCCUGUUCGAGAAGUACGCCAAGAAGGGCAUUCCGGUUGCAGGAGUGAUUGUUGAACCCAUUCAGAGUGAGGGUGGCGAUAACGAGGCAUCUCCCGAGUUCUUCCAAGGACUUCAGAGGGUCACCAAGAAGAACGGUGCUGCUCUGCUGAUCGAUGAGGUUCAAACUGGCGGUGGCCCAACGGGCAAGAUCUGGUGUCACGAACACUUUAAUUUGGACGGCCCUCCGGAUGUGGUCACUUUCAGUAAGAAAAUGCAACUGGGAGGAUACUUUCACAAUCUGAACAUGACUCCGAAGCUGCCGUACCGUGUGUUCAACACUUGGAUGGGUGAUCCAGGUAAGGUGCUGCUGCUGGAAUCGAUCCUGAACGUGAUCAAGUCGGAAUCCUUGCUGCAGAACGUGGAGAAAACCGGUGCUAAGCUGAAGAAGGGAUUGCUUCAGGCUCAGAAGGAUUAUCCCCAUCUGCUCAAUUCUGCUAGGGGACGUGGAACGUUCUUGGCAAUCAACUGUGCCAACGCCAAGAUGCGCGAUGAUGCCGUGGCAGCUUUGAAACAGAAGGGUGUUCUCUCUGGAGGUUGCGGCGACUUGAGCAUUCGAUUCCGACCGGCCCUGAUUUUCCAGGAAAAGCACGUUGACAUUUUCCUGGAUAAAUUCAACCAAGUCCUCAAGGAGCUUAAAUGAAGGGAGCAAACGGUAGAUGAACAAAAAUGUUGCUAGCUCCAACCAUAGGGAGGAUAACUAACUAAUACGGCAGAGAAUUGCAUUUACGGUACCGUUUGAUUGUAUUUGCACAAAAAGACUAGCACUGCGCUACGUAUGCACUUUGAUUUGACAGUUGAAACAAAAAACAUAGAUAUAUGCUAUUACUAUUACUGAGGUUCUAGGGAGCCGAAGUGUUUAGGAUUAAACAGAAGAAAUCAUACGAGUAACACUCCAAACAUUGCCAUUGCAUAGAAAGUGAGAAGAUUUGUCUUCCGGUGAAUUGUGAUUUCCAAGAAAAUCGAUGUCUAAUGUAUGUGGAAAUAUAGAUGAAUGUUGUCGCAAAA